GACCAGCGCGUCUCUGUGGCAGCGCAGACACUCCUCUCUCCACACCAUCCAACACUGAGCAGCCUCACUGCGACUGAAGCUGGUGCAGAAGAAGAACGUGAUGCUGUCUCCUCAGGUCACUGGGACUGUGUGUGCACCAAGGGUUUGAACUCGUCAGGACAUUUCCCAGCAGCCUCUCAUAAGGCGGGGACAAUCCACCCACUGUCCUAAAGCAAAAACAACCAGCAGCUACAACUUUGCACUCCUCCAUCUGCUUUGGUCCCUAGCACCAUGGCCUUCACCCUGUCAGAGAUCAUGGCAGCAAGGCGGCAGCAGUCGCAGGCUCAGUCACAUUCACAGCGAGGCAACAGGACUGCUGUGGAGGUGGAUGAGUACAGCACCAACCCCACUCAGGCUUUCACCUUCUACAAUAUCAACCAGGGACGCUUCCAGCCGCCUCACGUUCACAUGGUUGACCCAAUGCCUCACGACACUCCAAAGCCACCGGGCUACACACGCUUUGUGUGCAUCUCGGACACACACUCCCGUACUGAUGCCAUCCAGAUGCCAUACGGGGAUGUGUUCAUCCAUGCUGGAGACUUCACCGAACUGGGACUGCCCUCCGAGGUCAAGAAGUUCAACGACUGGCUAGGUACCCUCCCCUACGACAUCAAGAUAGUAAUUGCUGGAAAUCAUGAGCUGACCUUUGACCAGGAGUUUAUGGCAGACCUCAUCAAGCAGGACUUCUACUACUUCCCUUCAGCCUCCAAGCUCAAGCCGGAGAAUUACGAGAACGUCCAGUCACUGCUGACCAACUGCAUCUACCUGCAGGACUCCGAGGUCACCGUGCGGGGCUUCAGAAUCUAUGGCUCCCCCUGGCAACCCUGGUACUAUGGCUGGGGCUUCAACCUGCCGCGAGGUCAAGCUCUGCUGGAUAAGUGGAACCAGAUCCCAGACAACACAGACAUUCUGGUCACACACUGCCCUCCACUGGGUUUUCUGGACUGGGUUCCCAAGAAGAUGCAGCGUGUUGGGUGCAUGGAGCUGCUCAACACAGUCCAGAGGAGAGUUCAGCCUAAAUUACAUGUUUUCGGCCACAUUCAUGAAGGUUAUGGCAUGAUGACAGAUGGCACAACGAAUUUCAUCAAUGCCUCAGCCUGCACCGUGAACUUCCUUCCCAUGAACCCGCCCAUUGUCUUUGACCUGCCCAAUCCCAGGACUACGUGACUACAGGAAUCUCAUCUGCAAACCCCUACCAUCAGUAAGGAGAAAGAAAUGAAGAGAGGUAGGUGAGGCAGCAGGCAGAAAGGACCAAAUCCUGUAAAUAUUGCACAGAUGUGUGUUUAUCAUGUGCAGCACACGUCCGGAGAAUCUGAUCGUGAAGCUGACCGAGUGAGGGAAGAAGGACGCUCCCUCACACUGUUGUGUUCUGUCAUAUGCCAUCAUUUCUUCAUCUCAGCAUGGACUUUAAAAGAGAAGAGACAAGGAUUAAUGGAAGGACAGUAAAAUGUAAACGAACUGUCGAUUCUUCAAAUCCUCUUUUACUGCACUGACAAUCUGAUGCUGCUCUCAGAAAUGCAAAAGACCCUAUAUCACUUUGCCGAAAUAAAGCGAAACAGCCCAAUGCCUCGUCUAAGGGACAGUUUUAGCUGAACCACGGCUACACAGCACUAACAGGACAUUUGUUUGGGGCAUUUUCACCGAGCUUUUCAUACUUUUAAACAUCAGUUUCCAUCUUUUUAAAAAUUUCCUCCCACUAAGAACUUUUACUACUGCCCUUAUCUUCCUUGUUUGAUCCCAUCCUCAGGCCUGGAGCAUGCUGGAGUGUGCUUUUUAUCUUUUUUUUCACCAGCAUGUCUGUGCUUGAGAAAUCAAAGUGAGUGUAUGGGGGCACAAGAGGUCUAGAUGUCUGACAUGAUUCCCUUUUGCCUCAUUUGAAACUCUCAGUAAGCCUCUUAACCACUAAAGGCGGAGUCCCAUUCCUGCUUCCACGUAGUUCCCAUGUUGCUCCUACUCCUCCUUUUCCCUCCUCUCCAUGCUUCAUGCUAUGAAUGAUUCGGUUGCUUUUAGCCCUUGGCUGGAACGUCUGGCUCACGGACUUGCAGAGGAGACCAGGUAACAUGCAAUAUAAAGAUGCUAUAAGCUAAUCUGAACAGUCAUGUCACCAGACCUGGGAGGAGUAGUGGUUGUAUCAAGGAUGCUCCCUCAUGUUAUGUUAUUUAUGGAAGAUAUGGGUCUUCAACUUUUCAAGAGAAGUAAAGCUGUAACUA